AUGGAAAAGGAGCGGAAGAGUAUCUGUUGGCGACCAAAAAAUGCGCUUAUUGAAUGCAUCGUCGGAACAAAGUGCUUUGAAGAGAAGGGAAAAAUAGAGGAUUGCAUUUCGGCAAAUGAGUGCUUCUUGGAGCGGCGAAACUGGACGCUGUGCAAAGUGAACGCCACCAACCCACGAUACCGCAUUCGCGGUAAUCCUUAUGACGUGGCGACGGAGGAUCAGAAGAAAAUUGAGGCGCGUGAUGAGCGCAUCCGGCGGAGGGAGCUGGAGGAAGAGGGCAUAUUCACCAAAUAA